UUUUUUAUAAUUUGUUUUCGCAAUUUUCUUGCUGUUUUGUUAUUUUUUCUUAAGCUCUCCUAAAUAUUGGCAGUGAACUCAGCAGGUUGAAAGAGCUUAGCUAUAGUUAAUAUGUACAAAGUAGAAUCUUCUUUCUCAAUUAACUCUGUAUUAACGAUUUAAGAGUUUUGACAAUUUAAAACUGUCAGAAAUAUUCAGCAAAGAGGAAAAAAGCAAAAAUUUUGAAAUUGUCGAAAUUUUCAUUUGAAGUCUUUAUAAAGACAUAAACUUUGGUGGGAAACUAAUAAACUCCUUUUUUGUAGAAGAUUGUGUAAAUUAUGUAAAAAAAUAAUUUUAAUGUGUUCUUUUUAUCUGUGAUUUGAAUUUUCAAGUAACCUUGAACUUUGGGAUACUGUAUUGUAUGUGUUCUACAGUGCGUGUAAAUGUAGUUUCCUACAACAUGACAUUAAAGUAUUUUUCUGGUUUGUGUAGAAUUUUGGGCACAAUUAAAUGAAUUUCUUUUCAUCAUAUUUUGUAUUUCUCUGCACAUUCUAUAAAAAGGAUUUAGCUGCGUUCCCCAACCUUGACAGAAAACAACGAGAGAGCUUUAAUUUUCCAAGAGAAUCGAUUACCACUACUGAUGUAAUUGCUACAUACCAUACCAACGUAAAAAUUUGUCUUAAUCAUCAGAAUUUUGGUUUUCAUUGAAUAAUCGGAAAAACGGUUUUGUAUUAUUUUGCGGGACAUUUUCUUUGGUUGACUGGUUUAGUUCCGACAAAUUUUGAUCUAAUUUAAUAUUGUUCUAAUAAUGGAUUCUGACGAAGAUUCAUUUGAAAUGGAUAAUGUGGAUUCAGGUAAUGUGUCAUCGGGCGACGAUGGUGAUGAUGAUUUUGCCAUGGAAGUUGAUAUCCCAUCAUCACAUGAACGCCAGACCGAAACGGAAGAAUAUCAGUAUGAAGUUUUAACUACAGAAGAAAUUGUACAACAUCAACGUGAAAUCAUUGAUGAAGUUAAUAACGUUUUAAAGCUGUCAUCGACCAUAACACGCAUACUAUUAAACCAUUUCAAAUGGGACAAAGAAAAACUUUUGGAAAAAUAUUUUGAUGGCAACACGGAGGAAUUUUUCAAAUGUGCUCAUGUAAUAAAUCCAUUCAACAAACCCUCCAAUGCCAAUCGGCAAAAGAAUUCCAAGAAUCACCCUGCUGAAGAAUGUGAAAUUUGUUUCUCCCAUCUGUCCUCAGACUCAAUGACUGGCCUAGAGUGCGGCCAUCGAUUUUGCUUAACCUGUUGGCGUGAAUAUUUAACAACGAAAAUUGUUACUGAAGGAUUGGGUCAGUCGAUAUCGUGUGCCGCUCACGGAUGUGAUAUUUUAGUGGAUGAUGUUACUGUUACAAAAUUGGUGCAUGAUCCUCGUGUUCGUAUAAAGUAUCAACAAUUGAUUACUAAUAGUUUUGUCGAAUGCAAUCAAUUAUUGCGUUGGUGCCCGUCCGUUGAUUGCACUUAUGCCAUUAAAGUAGCUCAUGUCGAGUCGCGCCCGGUGCGAUGCAAGUGCGGCCAUGAGUUUUGUUUCGUUUGCGGCGAAAAUUGGCACGAUCCCGUUAAAUGUCGUUGGUUAAAGAAGUGGAUUAAAAAAUGUGAUGAUGAUUCAGAGACUAGUAAUUGGAUAGCAGCUAAUACCAAAGAAUGUCCCAAAUGUAAUGUGACAAUCGAAAAAGACGGCGGCUGCAAUCAUAUGGUGUGUAAAAACCAAAAUUGUAAACAUGAUUUUUGUUGGGUGUGUUUGGGCUCGUGGGAACCGCACGGUUCAUCGUGGUACAAUUGUAACCGAUACGACGAGGAUGAAGCCAAAGCAGCUAGGGAUGCCCAAGAGAAAUUACGUUCUUCGUUGGCAAGAUAUCUCCAUUAUUAUAAUCGUUACAUGAAUCAUAUGCAAUCAUUAAAAUUUGAAAAUAAAUUGUAUGCUUCAGUCAAACAUAAAAUGGAGGAAAUGCAACAGCACAAUAUGUCAUGGAUUGAAGUGCAGUUUCUGAAAAAAGCCGUAGAUAUAUUAUGCCAAUGCCGUCAAACUCUUAUGUACACGUAUGUGUUUGCUUACUAUUUAAAAAAGAACAACCAAUCGAUGAUAUUUGAGGAUAAUCAAAAAGAUUUAGAAUCUGCAACAGAGAAGUUAUCCGAAUAUUUGGAACGGGAUAUAACAUCAGAGAACUUGGCCGAUAUAAAACAAAAAGUUCAAGAUAAAUAUCGGUAUUGCGAAAAACGUCGUAAAGUUCUAUUGGAUCAUGUGCAUGAGGGCUAUGAAAAGGAUUGGUGGGAGUAUCUAGAAUGACCAGAGUCUUGGUUAACACAAUAAAAUAUAAAUAACGAAAAACAAAAAAAAUUAAAUUCCCUUUGUUCGUUUAAGUUUCUCCUACAUCCGUACUACUUAUAUAUACACACAUAUAUACAUAUAUAAAUAUAUGUAUAUAUAUAUAUA